AUGCGCCUAAGCGCCCAGUCUGCUGCGUCGCUUCCGCCUGCCGUUUGCGUGCAGCGCAUCCCAACGCUCAGCACGAACGUGCAGAAGCAGCAGCUUUCUAAUCAGGAAAAGCAGCAAAGACAACCAAACAGAAAAUUACAAUUGAAGCCACAUCAGCAGCUAACUCAGAUUUUACGACAUUUGCUUCUUGUACCGGGACAGCAGCAGCAGCAGCAGCAGCCGCCGCCGCCGCCGCCGCCAGUGCUGCUUUGGAAGCCACGGGAACACCAGCAAGCGAACCGCAGAUGUAGCAGCAAUAGUGUCAGCUUUGAUCACUAUUAUUAUUGUAACUGCUCGGACGAAAACAUUACAGAGACUGCUACGAGAAAAAAACAGGGAUAUUUGAACAGCAUUCUAAAUUGUCGACGUGCGGCUCGAAAGUCGGCGAGCAGCAAAAGCCCGCCCCAGCGGACGUCCAAGGCGGCGCCUCUGGUCAAGCCAAGAAGCCCGCAGUCGUGUACCCGAUGCUCGACUGGAAUGGCUGGCAGCGUGGCGGGAUGGCCGAAGAGCUGGGUAGAUCCCGAUCAGGCUCAGGCAAACAACCUACAAGAGGAAGAACAGGACGAUGGAACGGGCAUCAUCAGUCAACUAUUGGUUGGCGGAAAGCCCUUUAGUAGGAUCCUGGCUGCCUUUCUGCGUUCGCCUCCUUCACGCUCACCACUAAGCACCCCCGCACACACGACUUCUUCAGUAGCAUCAACUGUAGCGCUAACAGCAAUAACGAAUAUCCCUCCUUCGACGGCAGCCGCGGCAGCAUCGAUCACCGCACGUCAGUUCCAUCACCAGCUACAACAACGCCACGUAUCAGCAGCCUCGCCUCUAGUGGAAUCACUGCUUCACCAACAACAGCAACAAUUACAGUAUCAUACAGCUCAGCACCAGGAGUUACUGCAGCAGUUAAACCCAUUAUACCUGUUAGAUGAUAGCAGUUUCCAACAACAAACCAGCUCAAUAUUUGUACAGCCUUUUUCGGCGGCAGGGGCCGCUGCGGCGGCACAAGCAGAAUCGAUCGCCUCUGUCGAACCAUCUCCACUUCCACCAAGCAAUUCAGCACGGCGCGUUGUAGAGUCCGCAGCAGAUGUCGUUCAGAAUACCGUGGAUACAGUAACAACACAAAUUGAGGGGCUACUACAGCCGACGGUGGUCACGGUGAUAGGUAAUAACAACACGAGCAACAAUAGUCUCCACAGGGAUCUCAGUUAUGACGGCACUUCCGCUAUUUUUUCAGCUACCAGCAGCACCGUCAGUAGCAGCAGUAUCACUACGAGCAGUAGUUCCAGUUACUUUGCCCCGAGUCUUCACCGCGCAAUUCUCAAGGUCGGCAGGACAGCUGCCGAAGCGGCGAGUGACGCAGCCGCCGAUCACCAUCAGCUCGCGUCGAUAUCGGGGGCCACAGUCCAAACAGGAGCCGCUCCCUUCUCUCUAAAUAGCGCCUCCGCAACAGGAACUACGCCGGUCGGACCGUUAUCCCCGCUCAACGCGACUCUUACCCACGACUACGUUGGAGGCCUGCUCGACGGCGGCAAGGGAUCCGACUUGCUUAACGCGACGUUUUCAGCGCGCCCUACAGCUCACGUCGCCUACAACGACAACGCCAAUAGCUGGUGGAGAAAUUUUAUUCCAAGGCCAAGCAUGUCGCCUGAAGAGGUCCGUGCUCAGUACUACGCCACGUACGACCCUAUGACGGGCGUCCGCAUAGCAGCCACACUAGGAGCCAUUAUGAGCCUCUUCGCACUCUUCCUUAUCUUCAAGGCUAGAUGUAAGUCCAUCCGAUCCAGACUCAACCUUUAGCAGGGUCAAACGGCAAGCAGCAGUUCCGCCUAAUCACUAAUUCAGCUAGAAGACAUCCACUGAAUCUAAACCGAGACGCACCAAGACACGAGAAGCAAGUCAAAACGAUAUUCACCAAAAUGGCCAACUAAAUUCUACAGUCGUAAAACACAAAGAAAUACGAAAAAAUAAUACCGAACAUAAUAAUAUUGACGAUAAGAAUCGCAGUGAUGAUGAUGACGAGAAAGAACUAUAAGCUAAAGCACAAUGUUUUGUUUGUGAUUUGUCUGAUGUGCUGGUGUGAAUGUGUACGGUACUUGAAAUGUCUAUAUUAACACUUUAUAGUGUGACAUUGCUAGUUAAUGAGUGGCUUAGCGAGCUAGAGAGAUCUAAGGAAAAUCGUGGCGAAAGCGAUCGGUCGAACGUGGUAAACGAACCAGCAGAAGGAGAAAGGCAGUGCAGGACUUCCCUUAUUCUCUGUGCAUCUAUACCACUGCAGGCCACAUCGACCCUGGACUUGUGGUCUUGGUAACCGGCAAAUUGCCUAAGGUUGCAGUAGUCGGAAAACAUUGUCACUUGGUCCGACUAUUAUCACGUAUAUACCCAUAUAGUUCGUGUAGCUUUCAAUCAGACAACAACAACAUUGUGACAAUGAUGAUGAUGGCGACGCUGAAGACUCGCACUCUAGGACGACUGUACCGUACACUUGCUGACACCCUGGACAUCGGCAGCAAAUUGUUUUUUGCUGUCCCUCAUCGGUGUUUGGCCGCGUCGUCGGCUAAAAUUACGCACCGGCCUCCAUCUUGACAGCACGCCCGCUACAGUAUCAGAAACGCUGCCCGGAAGAGCGCACUCUUUCAUAUUACAUAAUACAUGAGCAAAGGACAAUGAAGGAGAUGCAUGCGCUAAUACUUAUUUCCAUGGAGGUAUUCAUUAACAAAGCUUAGCGUGCUUGUUUGUCUUGGCGAAACAUACACCAAGCGCGCAUACAUAAUAUCCCUGUUAGCUAAUGAACAGGUGCGCUACCCUGAAAACAUCAGAUUAGGCACACGCGUACACGGUGAGGAUAGUGAUUUACAAUCACAACUUUGUAUAUACAUACAGGCAUAUUGGAUAUGGUACAUACGUAUGCAUAUUUCUAUUCGAUAUACUCAGACAAGCGAAACUUUAGAGCCUCUAGAGGGGCAUCGACUCUUAUGAUUUACUAUUAAGCGAUUCACCUCAUCUAUAACGAACUAACGCACUUAACGGGAUGCCGUUGCCAUAUCAACGUUGCAGAUGAGCAUUGUUGUUGUCGAGAAACGACAAGAACAUGCAGAAUAAAAUAACUACAAAAAAAAAGCCGCAGUAUUUUUGUUGAUAGUAGUAGAUAGCAACGACAAUAUUUUACCAAGAAAAACAACAAGCAUCAGGCGAAAAGUUUGGUAAGCGAAUGCGGAAAGGAGAGCCAAUCACUGAAUUGGUCCAUGCUGCAAAAUAGAAGGUAUUAUCGUACCUAUCGCUACUAACUGAACCACGCACUUCGACGUAAUGGAAUAACUAUGAAUAUGAGUGCAUAAUUGAUUAUAUUAAUUAAUACAUUAAUUGAUAUAAAUAGUGGUGAUGCCAGAUUCCAAAGGAGUGCCACUUUUUCCUCUCAGUUUUCGUCCACUAAAGACCUUGAUCACCUCAGGGAUUCGUACAAUACCGAUGUGCUGUGAGCCGGUGAUGCCUUGGUUUCGAUUGGGGAGCUUGCACACCCAGAUUAGGUGCUGAGAUGUCCUGAAAUCAAAAGCUUAUCAGUAGCUUUGUCGCUUUACAACCUCGUGUUAUUUUUUCAGCCUGCGUUUACACCGAUCUCGUUUGUAUAUGCAUCAGACGUAAGUAUUUCGAAUUUUACGUUCUACGGCACCGUUAUUAGGCGUUCUGUCAGAUGACUGGCUCCCAGCACGAAAUGAACCAUGUGUCUAUGCCCAGAAAUAAACCUAGACCAUUUAAAUUAGCUAUCACGGGGAUUAGCCUCUUAUCUACCUGUUCUCUCUUGAUCGAUGGUCAGAGUCGUGUUUGGACGUGCGGUAUAUCUCGUAGCUUGAUGCAUGUCGCAUACAUAGCCCGCUCCAAAGUUCGCCCAAACGAAGGUGAAGCUAAUUUUGCAGCAGCCUUUAGGCCUGAAUACUGAUGCCCUGGUAGUGGCGUUGGGAAAAAAAGGAGAGCAAAAACUGUUUUAAUGCAACCCACGUGGUAAUGAGUAAAGUAUCAGUCGAGCAAAGUGCUGUAUUUCGGCUUACAUAUUCACAGAAGCUCAAAUCGGCGAAGCCCCACCAUAUCCAAGCUAAAUCCAAAAUUAAAAGUUCUAAUAGCCUCGAUGGGCACUUCGAAUGGUGGCCUGGGAAACCUAUUAGGACGAUCCGUCAGGAGAAUCGGCGACUCAAUUUGUAUAGGCAAUAGACCUUCAUUUUUGCUGCUUCUUACUGACUGAAUAACUGAUUUCAACAUGCCAAAUAAACAUUCAGAACUAUUUUUACCCAACGCUGACAACGGCAAGAUAUCUUUGCAUUUGGCUAAUUUUUCAAAUUAGGGGAGUUGAAGUACGUGUCUAACUUGAUCGAUGGCACCACAACAGAGGUCCAAAGUGAUAUGGGGUAAAUAUAAACAAUCCAACCAACAAUCCACGACGAAAAUGGCUCUAGAUAUAAGGAGAGGUCCUACUUAAAGUGGGUGACCACUCGCGAUGUCGCAUUGCCUCAGCCAAACCACCCUCACGCGGAAUGGCCGCACUAAGCUACCACAAGAUCCUAUAACGACCAAUCAUUAUUUCGUCAUGCACAGAUCACCAGGUAGAAUCGAUAACGAAAACUAGAAGCGAACGCAACUGGCACAAAAGGCUCAUUCAUUACAAAUUCCACAUAUACGCGCAUUAUAGUAGCAACCAAUAGUAGGUACUUUUACUACCAGGCAAACCACAUUGGACAAAACGAGAUUUUGGUGCGUAAGGUUUCAGGUCUUUAAUUCUCAGAGGUUUCAUUCGAGUGGCAAAUGAUUGUGGACUCUAGGUGGUAACGAAUUUUCGAGAACUAAUGGACGGGGUAGUGAAUUCAAAAAGGCUAAAGGUAGUAGUGAUAUUCGUAUUUAAACAGUUUUACUAAUAUAGCCUUAAUAUCUAGGAAACACGUGUGACUUUAACGUUCAGCCUAAUCAACCAACAUGGCAUUGCCAAAAUCGGAUGUUAAACCUAAUUGGCAGUAUUUUCUAGAUUCGAGAGUUUUAUUUCAGUGCUUUCUUCUGGAAAAAUUAUCGGUCAGCUAAAGGGAUAACUCGGUAAAGAGGUCUUAGUUUUAUUGUAUCAGUGAAAUGACUGGGUGCUGUUUACAUAGUGUGUAUUUGUUUACGACGUGUGGUGUUUAGUUAACGUAAACCGCCGGCAAGAUCGUAAAACUUCUACAUGCUCAACUAUACACAAUAACCCCAACCCCUAGAUGAGUGAACUCAAACAAAUAGAUAGUAUUGGGGAUUCCUAAUUACCUCAAAACCUAUCAACCGAAACAGAAUAUCAGGCUGGCUGUAAGGCUUGUUGUCCUAAGGGGGAAAAUGCUCGCCAAGAUAGCUAGAAACACGCAGAAAUGCUGCCUAUUUUUGUUGAAACAGUAAAACUUUAAUGAAUGCUUCUGUUACAGCGAAACACCAUUUAAAAAUUUUUGUUUGCGUUAUAAUCGGUACUAGCGUGACACGAUACUGUGCGACGAUCCUAUGCUUAAGGCAGAACAAGGCCCUGCCUUUCCUAUAUUUCAAAAGCCAAACUGACCUUUUUUUGUAUUUGUGCCGCCCUGAGGUCAAUUACAGCAGCAGUCACACAGGCGCAAAAUGCCCUUUCCCGCCAUUACCGUUGUAUAUUAGAAAAGCUUUGCAAUCUUCGAGGUUGCCUCGCUGAUGAAUACACACAACGCAACGUAAGUUUGCACACAGAAAAAGCAUGAGGCAAAUUUGACCACAGCUUUGAGAAACCAAAACUUAGCAAGUAUAUGGUGAGCCUACGAAGCAACUUUAUGUACCCCAUUAUUGAUAUCCUUUUAUUGGUAAUAAUAAUCCUCAUCCCAGAAGGUCAAUGAGAAAAAAUCCACAGGAUUCUAUGACAACAUACAGCCAUAGAAGGUAGAUCAUUUGGAUCGUGAAUGGCAAAUUACAAUAGCAAACGUACCACUGAAAUCAAUGAUUGGAGAAUAUAGCUAGCUACGAUCUACCGUUGGCAAUUGGAUAGUAUUGCAUUUACGAUACACAAAUACAAUUUGGCUUAUUAUUGGUAUCGGGAUUUACUCGUUCGUAGCAGUUCCACGAGGAACCGCUAAUUAUGAUGGUACGAGUAAGUAUGGCACAAAACGAUAUGAACAGCGUAAUAAUGAUAAUUGGUAUUUGCCGAGCUAGUUAUAUAGUUUCUCUGUUGUUUGUACCACAUGCUGUUUGCAAACCAGAUGACACUGAUUGGCGUAAGAAAAACAAUUGAUGGAAACACGUUUUACACCGAUGAGAGGUAAUCGAAAAUGCCAAAAACUGGCAAAUAACAAAGGUAGAUAGCAUGAAAAUUCAAAAGAAUGAGAGAGAAAAAUACGUAACAGCACGCUGUCAGUGUAUCAGUAAUAGUACCGAUAAUUAUAAAUAAA